AUGCAACGUGCAACCAGCCAAUACCUCCAUACAUACACAUUGUGCACUGUAUUCGCAUCCAUAGGCGGAUUUAUAUUUGGUUUUGAUACAGGAUCGAUUGGCCCAGUAACCGUCAUGCCACAGUUUGAAGCUCAAUUCAACUCUAUCUCCGCCACUCUCCAGGGUCUCAUCGUCUCCUCAAUCCUCAUCACAGCUUCAAUCUCAUCCAUCUUCGCUGGCCAUUUAUCGGACCGUAUUUCUCGCACUCGUACUUUUGCGCUUGGUGGUCUGGUCUUUGGCGUCGGGUCCCUCAUAGCCAGCACAUCCUACAAAUUACCUCAGCUUUUCGUCGGCAGGUGUAUCGCAGGAGUGGGCGAAGGGUUAUUCUUGUCUACGGUCACGGUUUACAUCUUGGAGAUUUCUCCCACCAACCUGAGGGGAAGACUCUCUUGUUUAUGCCAGCUUUUGAUCACCACUGGUAUUGCAGCGGGAUAUUUUGUUUCUUAUGGAAGCAUCAACCUGUCAUCUUCCGUCUCCUGGCGACUGUUAUUCAUCAUGCAGGCGAUCGUUUCUUUCAUAUUCUCCGCGGGCUCGCUUUUUCUUCCUCACUCCCCUCGGUGGCUCCAACAUGUCGGACGAACGGAAGACGCGGCGCGAGCCUGGGCGAGACUCGGUUUCACGGCCACCGAAGCGGAGAAGGAGCAAGAGGUGGAAGAGCGGGAAAGGGACGAGCUCACUUCCGAACAAGAGUAUGCUCGCACUGGAGCGAAUGUCAGGGACAAACGCAAGGGUGUCACCGUCACCGCGUUGUUCGCCAAAGAUGUGAGGAAGCGGACGUUGCUGGGUGUCUUCUUGAUGGGCAUGCAACAGGCAUGUGGGAUCGACGGUGUUCUCUAUUAUGCGCCGGUACUGUUCUCUCAAGCAGGACUAUCUUCAACAACAUCCGCAUUUCUCGCAUCCGGCAUAGCAGGUAUUCUCAACAUCGUAUGCACCAUCAUCACCCAAAUCUUCACCGACAAAUGGGGCCGCCACAGCUCGAUGAUCAACGGCGGCCUGGUCAUCUCCGGGACCAUGAUCGCCAUCGGUUCUCUCUACGCCAGCCAGGCGUCCACCACGACCGCCGGCAAAUGGACGAUCAUAGCGCUCAUCUACGUCUUCGUCGUGGCCUACGCCACGUCGUGGGCCGUCGUAAAUCGAAUUUAUUGUUCUGAGAUCCAACCGAUGCACACGCGAGCAGCUGCCACCUCUCUCGGACAAUGCGCGAACUGGGUCGUCAACUGGAUCAUCGCCUUCUCCACGCCCCUCUUCCUCUCCCGCUCCUCCUCAGGCCCCUACUUCCUCUUCGGCGCCUGCGCCCUCAUCACCGUCAUCGUCUGCAUCCUUUUCCAACCGGAGAGUAGGGGCGUCUCGCUCGAAGGGUUGGACAAAAUAUUCGAAGUCAGUCCGUGGAGGAAGGUUCUCAGACGGAUUGCACCGCGGAUGCAUGGGCGGAGGUUCGGUGGGGGUAGUGUUGUGAGUAGAGGGAGUGCGAGUGGGGGUGCGAGGGAUGAGGCGAUUGGGCUGACUCCUAUUGGGGCGUAA